GAAAUUAUAAAAUUCAAUCUAUCCCAUAAAUUUUCAACCACGUAAAUACCCUGGUCUGAUCAAUUUGUAUGGCAAGUAUGACACCAUAUCUCAACUCCCUUCUUCAACCUCUUCACGCAUGGCUUCUCUUCCUGUUAAAACCAUUCCAAACCCACAACUUCCUCAUACUAGAUCCACCAAACCCACCAAAUCUCUCAAAUUCACACCAAAUCAUCUCGGGAAACAAUCUGAAAAUGACAAAAACAAUCAAAUAUUAUACAAAUCUUACUUCAAACACAUAUCUUUUCUCUGCAAAGAUGGUCAAAUAGAAGAAGCUGUUGAUCUCAUCACCGAAAUGGAGUCCCAAAAUCUCCCAAGUGGUCCUGAAAUCUACGGUGAAAUCCUUCAGGGUUGUGUCCACGAGCGAGACCUCUUCACAGGACAGCAAAUUCAUGCUAAAAUUAUAAAAUAUGGUGAUUUCUUUACCAAGAAUGAGUAUAUUGAGACAAAGUUGGUGAUUUUCUAUGCAAAAUGCGAUGUUUCAGAUGUUGCAAUUGCAACCCGUUUGUUUUGCAGACUCCGAAAACAGAAUGUGUUCUCUUGGGCUGCCAUUAUUGGAUUGUAUUGUAGAAUGGGUUUUACUGAAGAAGCUUUGUUGGGUUUUUGUGAAAUGCAAGAAAAGGGUUUUUUACCGGAUAAUUUUGUUGUCCCAAAUGCUUUAAAAGCUUGUGGUGCUCUACAGCUGAUUGGGUUUGGAAAAGGAGUUCAUGCUUAUGUCUUAAAGAUGGGUUUUGAAAGUUGUGUUUUUGUUGGAAGUAGUCUAAUAGAUAUGUAUGGGAAAUGUGGGGUUCUGGAAAACGGAAGAAGGGUGUUUGAUGUUAUGCUUGAGAGAAAUGUAGUCGCGUGGAAUUCCAUGAUUGCGAGUUAUGUUCAAAAUGGGAUGUACAAGGAAGCAGUUGAGGUCUUUUGUGAUAUGAGAGUGGAAGGUGUUCAACCGACUCGUGCAACUGUGGCAAGCUUCCUUUCAGCUUCAGCCAAUUUGUAUGCUCUUAUAGAAGGUAAGCAAGGGCAUGCAAUUGCGAUUUUAAGUGGGUUAGAUUUAGAUAACAUUUUGGGAAGUUCCAUUAUAAAUUUCUAUUCAAAGGUUGCACUGAUAGAGGAAGCAGAGUUGGUUUUUAGCAUGAUAUUUGAGAAAGAUGUGGUGACAUGGAAUCUGCUAAUAUCUUGUUAUGUGCAGUAUGGUCUGGUUGAGGAGGCACUCAAUUUGUGCCGACUAAUGAGAUUAGAGAACUUUAGGUUUGAUUCUGUUACUCUAGCAUCGAUAUUGUCUUCGUCAGCUGAAACAAGCAAUAUAAAACUUGGCAAAGAGGGGCAUUGUUAUUGUAUUAGAAGAAACCUUGAAUCUGAUGUUGUAGUUGCAAGCAGCAUUGUCGAUAUGUAUGCCAAAUGUAAGAGAAUUGAUGAUGCAAGACGAGUUUUCAACUCCACAACACAGAGAGAUCUUGUGUUGUGGAAUACAUUAUUGGCCGCUUAUGCAGAACUAGGUCUGAGUGGUGAAGCCCUUAAAUUGUUUUAUGGAAUGCAAUUAGAGGGUGUGCCUCCUAAUGUAAUAUCAUGGAAUUCAGUAAUUUUAGGAUUUCUAAGAAAGGGCCAGGUCAACGAGGCCAAAGAUAUGUUCUCACAGAUGUUGUCCCUUGGUUUUCAGCCUAACAUAAUUACUUGGACCACCAUAAUUUCUGGUUUAGCUCAAAAUGGUUUUGGAAAUGAUGCUAUUCUGCUCUUUCAGCAAAUGCUAGAAACCGGGAUCCGACCCAAUGUUGUAAGCAUUAUUAGUGCACUCUCAGCUUGCACAGAUACAGCCUUAUUGCAGUUUGCAAGAGCCAUCCAUGGCUACGUUAUGAGGCGAUACCUUUAUUUGUCUAUUCCAGUUGCGACUUCUCUGGUGGAUAUGUAUGCUAAUUGCGGAGGUGUAGAUCAAUCAAAGAGAGUGUUUGAUCUGGUUUUAAGCAAGGAACUACCUUUGUAUAACGCUCUGAUCUCUGCAUAUGCAUUACAUGGCCAAGCUGUAGAAGCCUUUCUAUUAUUAGAACAUCUUCAGGAGGAAGGUAUAAAACCUGAUAGCAUAACCUUCACCAGCAUCUUAUCAGCAUGUAGCCAUGCAGGGCUGGUACAUAAAGGUCUGGAGCUUUUUGUUGAUAUGGUCUCGGAACACCGCGUGAAGCCAACUAUGGAGCAUUAUGGCUGCAUGGUCAGUCUUCUUUCUCGGCACGGAAAUCUGGAUGAAGCUUUAUUGCUUAUUCUCACAAUGCCAUUUGAGCCCGACUCACAGAUAUUGGGAUCACUUCUUGCUGCUUGUAGAAAACACCAUGAGGUUAAACUUGGGGAAUUUUUAUUCAGAUACUUAAACGAGUUGGAACCAGAUAAUUUGGGAAACUUUGUUGCUCUUUCAAAUACAUAUGCAGCUUCUGGAAGAUGGGAUGAGGUAUCAAGAUUGAGGAUUUUGAUGAAAAAGAAGGGCCUGAAGAAGAAUCCUGGGUGUAGUUGGAUUCAAGUUGGAGGAGAACUUCAUGUGUUUGUCGCUGGCGAUACGUCACACCCAGGUAUUGGGGAAAUUCAUACCACAUUGGCUUUACUGGGACAGGAAAUGUGAUUAAUGGGAUAUAUUCCAGUAGUUAAGAGUGGUGAUAUUUUCUUCUAGUGACCACAAGAUUUUGUUGGUAAAUUGAAGCAAAGCUGCUUGAAGAUCUUCUAUAGAUGGGCCAGCUAUGGUGUAGGAUAUAAUCAUACACGAUGAGAUAUAUAUUCCUAUGCUGAAGAAAUGACACUCUUGCAACUGUAGCCAAUUUUCAUGCUUUCUAUGAAAUGGAUAAGAGCAAUUUUUUUUCAUAAAUGUAAGAUUAUGUUAGUAGGUGCAGAGGCUCGAGCCUGGGCACUCCAAAUUCCACAGGAGGCUCUUAUCCAACUGGGCUGCGAGGCAUCUGCGGAUAAGAGCAAUUUGUUUUGGGGAUCAGCGAUUUGACACAUGACAAGUUUGAAAGAUGGAGGUUGAAGAUUUGGAGGACACAGAGAAUGGUGUCAAGAAAUAAUUCAUUAGAUGAUUCCUUUUUGGGCUGAAGUUGUACCUGCCAAUCUGGUGACAACAACAGCAAGAAGGUUGCUCUGUGGAUGGCCUUUACUGGAGCAGGAAGAGAGGAGAGGCCAUGUAUGAAUAGAUUAUUCAACCAGGAGAAGGGGAUGGACGACCAAUAAUUGAUGAUCAUUACAUUGUCUACAACAAGGGUCUGGUUACAGAGCCUACCUUUUCUACUCUGUGGUCUGUGCAUGCCAAAGAAUAGCAAUGACAUUGAUAUGUAUGGAGGUGCAGAUGAGCAGCUGGAAAAUAUUUUGAAGAUUGAUCACUUGAACCUGUAAGGCAUUUGCAAGUACCUCAGAGAAGACUGGCCCAAGUUAUAGGAAUGUUGAAUUCAAGAAAGUGCCAAAGAAGCUGAUCCAUUUGAUUUGUACCCAUUCUUGAUGGAGGUGAAAAAGGGAAAGGCAUUGAUAUAGUUGGCAGAUGAGAGACCUGCCUGGUCAUCCUUGGAAGAUGAUGAUGAAGGAUAGAACUUGCAUUGCCUUUGAAAGGUGGCACUGAAAGCUCUUUAAUCUUUAUCAGGUCACCUCUGGUUUUAUUUUUGUUCAGAUUAUAUUACUUUCUGCUUUCAGGAAACUGCACAUUCUCUAGAUUAUGGUUGUCAUUCCUUACAUUUUUUUGAGGAGAUAAUGGGACUGAUCGAGCUGCCUGACACCACUAAGAGAUGCAUUGCUUGGAUUUGCCGAUUUGGCUGGACUCUCUAUUGAGCAGCACAAAAGUUUGGCCAUUGCAGUUGCGCUUGUUGCAGAUCCCUCGGUAAUAUUUAUGGUUGAUGCUGGAGCAACUCAUAACUGUGAGUAUGCAAUGGGCACAAGAUGACCUGUGGCAUGCACAACUCACCAG